GUCGAUAUCGCGUAUCCCUGGACACAUGUUCCUGACACCCAUGACUUUGCACCUCGACCUACAAGUCGGAUGACAUUACUCUGAGACACACAAUAUCUGUGACGUCGGAGGCGAAAUAUACCGUUGACUUCGGCACCCGGCCAUUCACAUCAGAAACUAAUCCUACACCUCGAUUAGUGAGCCACAGCACCCUUCGGCUGAAUUGCAAAUCCUCUGCGCCAGGCUUCCGCCAGCCUUGGUUGUCACUCGGUCCAGUCACUCAUUAUCUCUCGGGUAGCAGGACGGUAACCUCUUUGUCCCUCCAAGAACCCCCAAACUCACCGGGACCUGCUUCGAUACCGACGACAAUGUCCCCGCGGCAGCUUACCACGACCACCACCUACACCCUUGCCCAUACCGCCCAGUGCAAGUUAAAAAUCGCCGCCAAUCGUCCUGACCGGAAUCUGCGAUUUGUUCUUGGCCAUGCUUUUACCCUAGAUAAUCUGAUGGUGCGCAUCGUCGAGAUCGAGAAUCAGAGCGCCAAGUCUAUCUUUCAGGAGGGCAAGCCGCCCAGCGACCACGGCCAUGAACACUACGACUGCACGGCAUCACAGCCGAUAGCUCCAGAGCCGGAUCCCCAUUACGACUGCACAGCGGCGAAGCCAACAGCGCCAGAGCCCGAAGCGAGGGGUCGCAGAGUCAGUUUCCACGACAACAAUGCCCGGCCAUCCAGCACAGCAGGUGUCGCCUCUAACAACCGUGCCCACGGCACUUCUUCGCCGGCGCGCAAGCGAUCACCGCCACCCACCUCAGUGCAACACAGGUACCUGGACGAAGAGCAGGACGAAGACGACACAUCCUCGGACGACUACGACGAUCCCAACUCGUACCACUAUGACUGCACGGCCGCAGCCCCGGAGCCGGAAAAGCCAGCGCCGAAACAAAGGCCCGUGCACGACGCAUACUCGGACGAAGAGGACGCGGCGCUCGAGCUCGCGGACGACGAACUCGACGACGAAAUGAACGAGCUGUCUCUCAUGCGCUUCGGCUCCGCCGCGGCACAACCGCCUCGCAUGGUCCGCUCUGACUCGUCGUCGGACGAGGACGAGGAGGACAAGGCGCAGCCGGUCACGCCACCUCAGCUGCCCGCCGACGUCGACGUCAGGGAGAUCCUCGGCGGCGAGAAGGACAGUGAGCUGACGGAUCUGUACGAGAGCGUGAGGCGGUGUGCCUGUCACGGGAGGAGGGAGGACCCCGAGGUCGGGGGUCCGCCGCAAGGCAUCUGGGACGUGCCCCUGGAGAAAACCGGCGGGAAGCACUUGGCCGUCGUGGCGGUUGCCGCUUGAAAGCCAACCCCCAUGUGUGGGUUUUGAAAGGAAGAAAUGGUAACGGAGCAGAAGGCUACUUUCAAAGUGGACGAGGCAUUAAUGCGGUGGUGCCUGCUGGCGCUGGCACAGAAUUCGCACCUCCUGGUUGUGAGUACAGUAAGCCGACGGCGGCGCUGGAAAGGCUAUGAAUGUGUUUUAUGGAGUAUGUAUCGGAGCAAGCAAGCAAAGGCCGGAAAGCCAGAUCACCCUACAAAGGGUCAGCAUGGAGAAAUUGGGGGGGGGGGUUUCUUUUGGCGUUCUUAUCUGCCGCCAUUUUCUUGCCGGUGUGGAGAGGUCAAGGCGCUUUGGGAUCGAGGCAAAGCAAAGUAUCUACCCACCUAUCUAUCUCUCUCUCCACUAUCUACUAUCUAUCUACUUAUGCACCCAUCUGUUCAGCAAGCAUCCAAGCAGGCAAGCAAGCAAAGGGCCGCUUUUGGGGGGACAGGGGGCUUGCGCGAUAUGACUUGUUGCUGUUUACCCUACGAUGUCCAUGGCUAUCUAGUAGGUACGGUACAUACGUACACGAAACGUCCACAUGUGGCCCUUCCCUGGCUAUCAAGGUACCUUGCUGGGGUAUUGAGGAAACCCGACAAAAAGGUAUCGACCUCGGGUUUACCUUUUGUAGGAUUGAGUAUAGUAUAGUAUAUUAUAUUAUAU